CUUGGGUUUCAUGUUUCAAAUAACUUGCCACACCAGAACAUCCAAAGAAACAGGGAAAAAAAUGGAGAAACAACAGAAAUCCAGUCAUUUGGUGCUUGUUAUGCUACCCUUUCAAGGCCACAUGACUCCCAUGCUCCAGCUAGCUAGUAUCUUGCACUCAAAGGGCUUCUCAAUCACUAUAGUUCACCCUGAAUUGAACUCUCCUAACCCUUCAAACCACCCCGAGUUCACCUUCGUAUCCAUACCAGAUAAGCUCACGGAAUCUCAACUCUCUGAUAAAAAUGUUACAGGUCUUGUGUGGAGUCUGAACAAAACCUGUCCAGUACCGUUACGGCAAUGCCUCGAAAAGAUCUUGCACUCUCAUCACCAUAUUGCCGCACUCAUCUAUGAUACACAAAUGUAUUGUGCUCAAACUAUCGCCGACGAUCUGGGGCUACCCGGGAUAACUUUGCGUACAAGUGCUGCUACAACAUUGCUAUUAUAUCCCGUCUUUUCUCAACUUGAUGAGGAAGAUUUUAUGUCUGAAAUUAAAUCGCCAGAGCUUCAAGCUCUUCAUCUUCAACGCCUUCGGGGAUUAUUAUCACAAAAUCCAGCCAAAGAGAUGAUGGAAAUAAGGGUUGAACUCACAAACGCGCUGAAGAGCUCAUUAGCUAUAAUUGUGAACUCGAUGGAAUUUCUUGAACUAGAAGCACUGUCAAAGGUCAAACAAUACUUCCCUGCUCCGAUUAUCACUAUAGGACCAUUACAUAAAUUAGCUCCAGCCAUUUGCAGCUCAUUAUUUACUGAAGAAGAUAAAUGCAUCUCUUGGCUUAACAAACAGGCUCCCAAAUCUGUCAUCUAUGUGAGCCUUGGUAGCAUGGCCAGCAUUGAUAGGCAAGAACUAAUUGAGAUAGCUUGGGGACUAUCCAAUAGUAAACAACCCUUCCUGUGGGUGGUUAGGCCUGGUAUGGUUCGUGGCUCAGAAUGGAUUGAAUCAUUGCCAAAUGGGUUUGAGGAGAGUGUGGGAGAAAGAGGUUGCAUUGUGAAAUGGGCACCUCAAACGGAAGUGCUGGCUCACGCUGCAGUGGGGGGAUUUUGGAGCCACUGUGGAUGGAAUUCAACCAUUGAGAGUAUUUGUGAAGGGGUACCAAUGCUAUGCAAACCUUUCUUUGGAGACCAACACUUGAACACAAGCUACAUCUGUAAUGUCUGGAAAAUAGGAUUGGAAUUGCAGAAUCUGGAAAGAGGGAAUAUAGAAAGAACAAUAAAAAGACUAAUGGUGGAUAUGGAAGGAAACGAUAUCCGAAAGAGAGCUAUGGAUUUGAAGGAGAAAGCAGCUUUUUGUCUAGUGGAGGAGGGUUCUACAAGUUGUUCUUUCAAUGGGUUAACAAAGCAUAUAUCAUCAGCUUCAGAGACAUGAAAUCAAGCAUCCUUGUAGUGUUACUUUCAGUUUAUAGUAUGGGAUUGUGAUUUGUGUAACUUAUUGAUAAGUUGGCAUCUAGAAAAAGCACAAACAUAUGCAGAAUAAAUAUGGUUGUAUUAUAUUUUUUUAUAACAAGUUUGAGAUUAAUCCAA